UUUUCCUUAAUGGCCUCCUUUCCUGAGGUACCUUUCGGCAUUUUCCUGUUCAGUGUCUGUGCUGUUGUCAUUGGCCUUAUACAGGCUGUGAUAGUAGUGUACGGAUUCUAUCACCCACACUUACUGAAUCAACGGAUACAGGAGUCUGAAAAUCAGAAUUUCUAUAAACAUCAUAUCUUGAAGAUUAUCCUAAGAGUACCAGUUUUCUGCUUUUUAGCAGCCAUCUUUUCUUUUUUCUUUAUUCCUUUGUCUUAUGUACUUCUUGGACUCGUAAUUGUUUUUCCACAUCUCUCUCGCUUCAUUUCAUGGUGUAAAACCAAGAUUGUUGGUCAGAGAGAUGAAGAGGAGGAGCAUCAUAGCUUAGAAACGUUCACUUUCUACCUCAGUGAGCCUCUGAGUAAGGAACGGGUAGAAGCAUUUAGUGAUGGAGUCUAUGCUAUUGUGGCAACCCUGCUCAUUUUGGAUAUAUGUGAAGACAAUGUCCCUGAUCCCAGAGAAGUUCAGAAGAAGUUCCAUGGCAGCCUUCUCAAGGCUUUAAGUGAAUAUGGGCCAAACUACCUUGCUUAUUUUGGCUCAUUUGUUACAAUCGGUCUCCUGUGGUUUGUCCAUCACUCACUUUUCCUGUAUGUAACAAAAGCAACUCGACUGAUGGGACUGCUUAACAUCCUUUCAUUAGCUUUCAUUGGUGGGCUCCCACUAGCAUACCAGCUGACCAGUGAAUUUGCAGAGAAGUCUCAUAAUGAAAUAGAAGCCAUUCAGGUCAGCUGUGUUAUCACUUUCUUUGCCAGCAUAUUUCAGUUUGCAAUAUGGACUACAGCCCUUCUCAAUGAAAGGGAGACUUUGCAUCCCUUUGCUAGGUAUGGGGGCAAGGAGCAUGCCUUCAUGUUUGCCAAACUGGCUCUCUACCCUUGUGUAAGCCUUGGGACCUUCUUUCUAACAUGCUUGUUAAGUGAAUUUAGCACAGCAAUUUUCCAUCUCAUGCAGAUUGUGAUCCCCUUUGCUUUUCUUGCCUUGCGCAUUUUUGUUAGAAUUGCUUUAACUGUCAUAAAGUCUGUGAUGUCUCUCUCCAGACGGAAGGUUGUAUUGUUAGAAGAAGAGGAGGCAUGUUUGUCUCCUACUGAAAUGCUGUCCUAAACUUCUGCACAGUGCAUGUGAAGU